AUGGUUUCCUGGGCUGUUGAGUUGUCAGAAUUUGAAAUUACUUUUGAAAGGAAAGUUUUGGUUAAAGCACAGGUGUUGGUGGAUUUUGUCAAUGAAAUGUCUUCCAGUGAGAAAACUAUGGAAGUUGGAGAAUGGAGUUUGUCUGUGGAUGGUUCAUCCAAUAUCAAGGGAAGCGAAGCCGAAAUAAUUCUAGAAGGACCAGGAGGCGUGACAGUUGAACAGUCACUUAAGUUUGACUUCAAAGCCAGUAAUAAUCAGGCAGAGUAUGAGGCUAUAAUUGCCGGAUUGAAGAAGCGGCUAGGCGAAGCUAAAGGAUUGUGGGCUGAAGAGUUGAUCACGGUAAUUUGGGCUUAUAAUACUACCCCUCAAUCAACUACUGGCGAAUCACCUUUCAAGUUGACUUAUGGGGUAGAUGCUAUGAUCCCAGCAGAGUUGCAAGAUGUAACUUUCAGGGUGGCGACUUAUAAUGAAGACCAGAAUGACAUGAAUAGACUGGUUGAUCUCAAUUUGGCAGUGGAAACGCAAGCAGAAGUUCGUCUGAGGCAAGCAAUGGUAAAACAUAGGUCUGAAAGGCGAUACAAUUCCAGAGUGGUAAUGAGGCAAAUGAAAGUUGGUGAUUUGGUGCUGCGUAGAAAGAAUUCUCGUCCAGAGUUUGGUUAUGCACGGUAG